AUUCAAGAUGACUGAUGAUGGUUUAAAUUUUAGAAUUAUAAAAGUCAGAACUGCCAAAGACGUGCCUUUGUGGCAUUGACAUCUCUAUAGGCCUGUAUCUAGAUUGGUCAGUGAUACAUUUCUUUGAAUUUGAACACUUGUAGUUCUGACACAAGGAAGGCAUUGCGCAUUGGCUCAUUGCAUAUUGUGUUAUCUCAAAGAUUUGGAAAUUACAACUCUCUCUGUGAUGACCAAGAAACUUUUAUUAUCAAGGUUUUUCUUUGCCUGGGAUAGCUGCACUUUUAUUGCUCAAAGACCUGCAAGCAGCUUUUCUGUAUCAAGAACCAAACAGACAUUUGUAGAAGCUAAUCAAAAUGUGUUGAAGGAAAACGAAUUGGUGAUUUACAAUUCAAAACGCAACAUAGAUGCUCGACCACGCAAACUUAACUUAUUGGCAAAACAAAUUCGUCUGCUUCCAUUAUCACAAGCCAUUGAUCAAAUGGAAUUCUCUGCUAAAAAAGCUGGAGAAUAUAUUAAGAAAGUGCUCAUCGAAACCCAAGAAAAGGCAAAGAAAGAGCAUGGAAUUACUGAUAUGAGCAGUUUAUGGGUUGCUGAAUCAUAUGUGGGUAGAGGAUUUAUUGAGAAAAGUGUAAUUCGACAUGGCAGAGGCAGAUAUGGUCAAGGUAGGAAAGCAUACACACAUUAUUUUGUUGUUGUGAAGGAAGGACUACCAAAACCAAGAAAUCAAAGACGAACACACGAGGAAAAGACUGAUUUUCAACGAUACAUUGAGUAUAAACCUAAGAUAUUGGAUAGCCACGCUUCCUGGUAAAUAAAUAUGUCAAAGUUUGUGAAAUAGAAUUUGAGAGUGAUAGGACUGUCAAUAUAUUGUUCUAUAAACAUCCAUAGAAUGACAAUUAAGAAGUGAAAAACUAUUAACCAGAAGGUUUAGACUCCGUUUACAAGCUUGCAUAUUGAAAAAAGAUUAAAACGUUUAUUAGAAGCUGUA